AUGUCUGGAGACACAGAAGAAAUUGCCCACGCCAUUGCUGGUGCUGGGGGUGGUGCAUUGUCCAUGAUCGUCACCUACCCAUUGGUCACUUUAUCUACAUUAGCCCAAACAAAAGCAAGAAAGAAGGAGGAGAAGCAGACCGAGGCCGAAAUUGAGGCUGAACAACAUCGUUUGUCCAAGUUGACUGCACACCAAAAGUUUGCCCAUAACUUCCACAACAGCAGCACUGUAUUGGCAGCCAAGGAGAUUAUCAAAGAAAAGGGUGUGCUUGGAUUAUACUCGGGUCUUGGUAGUGCAAUUUAUGGAAUCACAUUGACAAAUUUUAUUUAUUACUACUUUUACGAAUUCACCUCCAACAUCUUCUUAAAGGCAAACAAGGCCAAUAAGAGAAAAGCCGGGUUAUCCACCAUCCAAUCCAUUAUAACUGGUGCUAUUGCCGGAGCCAUCACUUCUGUGGGAACAAACCCUAUUUGGGUUGCAAACACUAGAAUAAUGACUGAAAAGAAGCAAAAGGGUGAGGCCAAUGCUUCACACUCCACAUUAAAGACUAUUUUGGACAUUAUUGAAAAGGACGGCGUUGGAGCUUUAUUUGCUGGUGUUUUCCCAGCAUUGGUUUUGGUGUUGAAUCCAAUCAUACAAUAUACCAUUUUCGAACAAAUCAAGAAUGUCAUUGUUGCUGGUGGUGGUCAGCAAUCAUUUACUGCCGUCAAGGCUUUCUUUAUUGGCGCAUUUGGUAAAUUGAUUGCCACUACCUUGACUUACCCAUACAUUACUUUAAAGUCAAGACUUCACAUUAGAAAGAAGGUGUUGAAAGAAGAGGGUAAGGAUGCCGACAAGAUUCCAAACUUGUCCAUGUACCAAGAGCUCAAGAAGAUUGUUCACGAAGAAGGAUUUGAAGGGUUGUAUGGGGGAUUAGUUGUCAAGUUGAUUCAAAGUAUUUCAACUGCUGCUUUCCUUUUCUACUUUAAGGAGGAAUUGUUGGUUGGAAGUGUUAGAUUGGUUCAGAUUCUCAAAGUGUUGAGUUUGAAGAAAGGAGGAAAAGCCGUCAGGGCAUAA